ACGUAGUGAAUAUUUAAGAAAUCGAAGAUCCAUUUCCAAUUAAUCGACAAUAUACUCUCUCAACACAAAAAUCAAAACCAUGGACACUCUUAUAAUGGUCUCGUUCAUGACCAUGAUGCUCUUUUCUACGUCCGAAACCACCCGUGCCGCCAAUCUUAUCGUGUCCAAUGAGCUGCAGACACGUGGUGAUGUUCCCGUCUUCGUCACGUGCCACCCUGCCCCUCAGCUGUCGAAACGUGUACCAUUGGGUCAAAAGUCGUUGAUAGAGAUCCCAACCACAGCUGGCAAUGAUACCGUUGAUGAGAAGGUGGCGGGAUCUAGAGUGUGGCAGCCAACGACUUGCGUAGGAACGUUUUACAGCGAAGCACAUUUCGAGAUGCACGAGAGACCGUACGUUUUGUACGAAGCGGACAAGGAUGCUAAGGAGUGUAAAAACUCGUGUUUCGUUGUAGUCACAGACGAUGGAUUUUACCGUUGGAACAACAACAAGAGAAUCUGGGACAAGAUUUUUCCGAUCAUUUGGUAUUAGUAACUCAUUGAUCCUUUUAUA